CUUUGUGAAGAAACCUGGGUGUUAAUGGUACAGCAUUAGGUACCAUUGCAUGCGCCAGCUGUCUGCUAGUUAAGCUGAGGGAUGCCUGCAGAAAUCAAGUAGGAGAAGGUAUAUUGACAAGAAUCUGACAAUGGAAACGUGGUCAACUGAUCAGGUUUGCAAAUGGUUGGUGGAGAAAAACUUAGGUGAGCUAGUCCCCAGGUUUCGAGAGGAAGAAGUCAGUGGGGCUGCUCUCCUGGCCCUUAAUGAUCGGAUGGUACAGCAACUGGUAAAGAAAAUUGGACACCAGGCUGUUCUGAUGGACUUCAUUAAGAAAUACCGGCAGAGCAAUCAAGAGCUGAAGCCCGCGGGAGGCCCCACAGAGACAUCCCUGCUGACCCGGGCACCAAUAACCCCUGAGUACGAACAAAACCCCCAUGGGGACCAGACAUCUUUGUAUCCAGUCUUUCUUGACAAUAGACUCAUUGACCAGAGAGUAUUAAAACAGAGGAGAAAUGUAAAACAUGUUGUAGCAAGGCAUAAAGCAUUACAGUGGACUAAGUCCUACAUCUUACCGGAGUUUCCCUAUGAUGUCAAGUGCAUGUUGGCGGAGCAGAAGCGCCCUGACCACAGCAUGCGGAUAAGGAUCAUUGAAUUUCUCCAGGCAGAUAUGACUAAGUACCUGGAAGGCUCGCUGUACCCCACCACGCAGCAAUACAACGAUGUGGUAAAUGCUCUGCUGCAGGCCCAUCCUUUCCUGGAUGAGGACGGCUGUGGCUUUUUUUUGUGGAAACGAGCCCUCAAGGAUCGCUUUAAAUAUGUUCGAAGACCCAUAGAAGAUGAUGAACAAGUAAUGAGAAAUAAGUGUAAAUUUGGACACCGCAGAGGCCAAACAAGGAAGUCUCUUGCUAACAUACAAUCAAAUGAAAUUAAAAUUGUGCAGAUAAAAGGAGAAUCUGUUCAUCUAGACCCGGAGGUGGAUGAGCAUAUUAACUGGUUCCAGCGAGAGUAUAUGAAAACAGACAGAGACUGGAGAGAAGUUGACAAGAGGGUGAGUCAGACUCUGGAAAUAAGAAGAAAGAUGAUUGGCGGCCGAACACCUCUCAAGGACAUUCUAAAGAUGUUUCCUUUCUUGAAGUGCCCUUACCAGAUGUUCAGAGAAGUUCAAAUUCUUACAAAAACAGAUAUUUAUAAGAAAACAAGGCAUAUCCUGGAAUCCUACUCGGAAAAUAUACUGACUGCCUUCUCAGUGCUGGACAAUCCAAUCAACACUGCUCUGCAAGAGAGGAUGAGACACUACACGGACGAAGGGGUGCUGAAGGAUAUGAAGUUGACUGCCACCUGUUUACUCCUCCCACAAGUUUUUGGGGAUGAACCCAGCCUCUUUGUCGUUGUGAAUGGGAAGGUGCACAUGUCCACGCCUGUGUUGGAAGUUAAAAACCCUUUCCACAUCAACGGCUGCGAGUUUUCUUUGUAUCUGAACAAAGAGAAGCUCACGAAGGUAGAUGACUGUGUCACAGCUCUGGCUGCUUCGGUGUCUUGCUUUCUGUGUAUUUGGGAUCGAGUGUCCAAGAAGACUGUCCCAAACCUUCAACUUCCUAGAGACGUUGAUCUUUGACAUGCAGAGUACCAAGUUUCCCUCUUUGAAAGAGAAAGCAAUCAGGUGUCAACCUCUCAUCACGUAAGAACAUCUGAAUGAACCCUCCAGGCUGGUGGAAGCUUCACAAACCGUUGCAGAUUCAUCUUAGAAUAUCUUUUGUCUUAGAGGCAGGGGUUAGAAAAAUCAUAUUGUCUCCAGCAUCAAUGAAUUUUUUGAAAUCUCUCUUAACUUAGUUAUUUAAGUUCUUUGUGAAGUUGGGUAAUAAAAUACUAUGUUAAAGG